AGGCUAUGGCCCUUUCAGCUGGAUGCUGAGGGGAGGAAGAUGAGAACAUAAGGUUAACUCUAGUCAAUCAGACACCAGUGUCCUGAAAUGCCUCCAUGAAUAAUUGAUUGUUCUCUUUGGGAUUCACGUUGUCAUGGAAACUGAAAGAGGAACCAGGAUAUCUAGGUAUGAAGUGAAGUUUCUUUGGGUCUCUCUCUCCCUUCAGCAGCUAAGAGCUGAAGCUACCUUUGGCAGGUGCUUGUAAGAUCUUACAUUGAUUCUGAGAUGAAUUAUCUGGCACUGAGCCUUCUGCUGUUCCUGCAGUUAUUUUCUUUGAUCGAUGGCCAGAACAGCCUCCAGCGCAUCAUCGGGGGUUACAUAGUGGCACCACAUUCCUCCAAGUACCUGGUGUCCCUGAAGAGGAAGACAGGCUUCCAUUUCUGUGGUGGGUCGCUGGUCAGCCGAAGCUGGGUCCUGACGGCUGCUCACUGCAAAACUGAAAUUAACCAGAUGAUGAUUGUAGCUGGGGAAUAUUCUCUCUCCACUUUUGAAGGCACAGAGCAGAUCUUCCGGCCCUCUCGGAUGGUGGUUCAUCCGGACUACAGCUCCACUUCCAAAAAUGCGGACAUCAUGCUGAUUAAGCAAGGAGCGGUCGUGAGGGAGGGCCGCUUCUGCCAAGUCUCUGGCUGGGGUUACACCACUCCCAUGGGCGGGAUGACUUCAGACACCCUUCGCAGCCUGCGCCUGCCUAUCAUCUCUUCUGGGAAGUGUAACAGCACGGCCUCCUAUGCGGGACACAUCACCAAGAACAUGAUCUGUGCCGGGUUCAACACAGGGGGCAAAGAUGCCUGCCAGGGGGACUCUGGCGGGCCACUGGUGUGCGAGGGCCGAGUGUUCGGGAUUGUGUCCUGGGGAAACAGCUGCGCUCGUCCCAGGUACCCAGGUGUUUACACCGCAGUAGCCAACUUUCAGAAAUGGAUUUACAAAACCAUCUUUAGGCGCGAAUAGUGGCGGCUCCAUGUCCUCUCAACGUGCACCUUCCACUGCCCAUUCCCAGCUUUGAGCAAAUAAACUUGUGAUG